AAUGAUGAUGAGGAUUAAUAAAACCUUUAGAAAAUUAGACAUUUUUGGAUAAUAAAUUAGACUAAAAGCAUCUGGCUCUUCUCUUUAUUAAACUCACAUUGGAGCAUUUAUGACUUUAUUAUUGUUUAGCGUCCUUAUUUAUUCAGGUAGUUUAUUUAUUCUUGAAAUAAACAAAGGAAAAAAUGCUAACUUUAACUCUUAAGAUGCUGUCAUUCAAAAUAAUGAAGUAAUUUCUUGUCAAUUAUAGGGUUUAGGGUUUCAGCUUUAAUUCUACUGAACUGAUAUUUUCAGCAGGAUUGCUUGAUAUUCUGGGUCAACCCAUUCCCAAUGAGGGCAACAGAAUUUUUAAGAUUGGAUUUUAUGUGUGUAAUAAAUCAUUAAAUGAUACAGAAUGUAUUGUUAUACCGGGAACAAUUUGCGGAGAUAGAAUUCGUGCAACUUCAAAAGUAAUAAUAAAUAAUCAUCAACUUAGUAAUUAAAUAUUCCAUAAGCUUAUGAAAAUAUUACUUAUUGUAUGAGUGAUGAGUACAUCAAAGAGAAUCCAGAAAUAAGAAUUUAAGGAUCAAAUCGUUAUGAUAAUUUUACUUUAUUGGGAGCAUUAAUUGAAAGAUGUUCAAAUACCACUGAUAUUUAGAGUAAGAUAUUUUCAUAGUUUUAGAUUGCGCAUCAAAUGAAGAAAUCGAUAAAUAUACAGCAAAUUCCAACCUUUAUUAUUCCUAUUCUUUUCAUCAACUUAAUAAAGAAUCAGAUGAUUCACCAUAUUAAAAAACUGAAAAUAUUGAUCUGACAUCACUUUAUCACAAAGUUGGGAAAUACAUCAAAAUUUAUUUUCAAUACUCUUAAAGUUACCUUGAAUACAAUCCCUUCUAUUUUUUUCCUAGAUAAGUGUAUCAUGAGGGGGUUGAAUACUAAAAGACAGUUAUUGAUAGUGUGCUUUAUUUUUAAGAUGCCACUACAUUAGCUAGAAUUGAAGUACAUCUGGAUGCAAAGAAAAAAGUAUGCUUUAUCACAUAUUAAACCUUAAUGGAUGUUGUUGCUAAGUUAGGUGGGUUGUUUACAAUUAUAAAGGCUUUAUUGAAUUUUUUACUUUAACCUAUCUAGUCAAUUCUAUAUAAACUAUUUUUGAUAAGAUUUUUUAUAAACCAUCAGAAGAAAGGAGAUAGUAAGGAUGUAUUAUUGAGGGAUUCGAAACUGAAAGAUAUUUGUAUCGAAAAGCUUAUUACUUCUUCGACUAUGAGAACAUUUUUUUAUUAAUAAUCUAAAUUAAUUAAUAAAUAUUUAGAUGUAAGAUAGAUAUUAAUAAAUCCAAUUCAAUUUACAUAAAAAAUAGAGGAUUUACAGGAUUCGAUUAAUAAAAUUGAUAUGUUAAGUUCUAGAUAAAUUAAACUAAUUAGCAGGCACGAAGUUGAUGAAUUAUUAGUCUAAAAAAAUAAUGAAGAAUUUAUCAAUAGCUAUGGAAGUAUUAAUUCAGAAAACAAGAUAGGAAAUUAGGAUUAUUAUGUCAUUCCAAAAUUAAAAGUGUAGAUGUGUUGA